ACGACAUCCUUUAUCGAUUAAAGUCCUUUAGUUUUUCUAUUUAUAUCUACAAAUCUAGCUCAAGAACCCCUCGCAAGCUUCCUCUAAUCAGACCCUUGUCAGUUCGACCCGCCCAAGCAGAGCACUAGAGAGACCGUGCUAGAAAUCAUUUGUUCAGAGCUGGCGCGAAGCAGUAGCGAAUUAAUUGCAUUUCAAUCGCAAAAGUUACCUACAUAUCGAACUGGGUCCAGAAAACCACGGUACAAUUUCUGGCCAUUUUGGGUCACUUUGUUCACAACGAAAACACAAUUACAUUUAUGUAGUCACGGUUGAGCAGUUUAUGUACUAGGCAGCGAAGAGAGAGCCAUACAGUUCAUAUUACAUCCCCAUGACAAAUUUGAUAUUCACUUUAAUUUAAUAUUCAUUAGUAAUCAAUUAUUAAAACCACCUAUUAUAGUGCGCGCCACUUCACCUUUUAACAGACACCAUUGGACCCAAAAUUCAGAGAAACAAGAAUCUUCUUACACAUCGAUUAAAACAGGCUACCAUUUGAGUACAACUCGCAAAUACGUUGUCAAACAACCCCAAAAAGUCAAAGAUUUCGUUUGAAUGUACAAAUAAAAGCGAAGGACAGACGACUCAUUAUUUGUCGGCAAUUCCAGAAUUGCGUAUGUUUAAUUGUGACAUCCUGCCAAUUACCCCAAAUUCAGUUAAACUCGAUCUUAACUUGGGUCGCGACGCGAUCGUCUCAACAUCACGCCAUUGAAGUUGUCGUCAGAACAUGGAGGAUUUAUUGCCGUAUGCAUUGCCUUACACACUUUCCACACUAUUUUACAUUGUGUGCGCAUUUGGCCUUGCGGAGUGUUUUUUCUACGGAAACUUCCCUAAUCACUACAACAGUCUGAGCAAAGCUCAAAAAUUGGAAUGGCUUUCAAAUUUCGGCUCUUCUAUCAACAGUCUGCUAGCUGGUCUGGGAGCACUGAUUGGACUGUUUCUACCUUUAGCUCUCGAACAGCAAUUCUCAAUCAUCCGUUACGUGGUCAUCUCAAUUACUGGUUACUCUCUCGGAGACACUCUAUUCCGAAUCUACCAUCGCAAGACGCUCGACAAGCCUUCCUUCCAGAACUUUCUUAUUUUUCAUCACAUUUUAGCGGCUGUUGCAGUCCAGGUUGCAGUGAUGCACAAAGAGGCGCUUCAGGCUAAGUUUCUUUUCAUCCUAAUGGAGCUCUCGACUAUCUUCAUCAACAUUCGAUCCAUGCUGCUGGACGCCAAAAUCAAGCGAUCAUCACUUUUGUACCAGACUAUGUCUCUUACCAUGAUGGGCAUGUACUUUGUCAGUCGGAUUGCCCCCAUUCCCAUGGAGUACUACUUGAUAGUGUACAGAUGUCUAUACAUCGGAGACAUCUGCAGUCCCGAAACUGCUUUCUUCAUGGGUCUCAACUCAAUUCCUUACAACUUUCUCACAAUUGCUAACCUCUACUGGUUCAAGAAAAUAGUGUUCGGACUCAUAAUCCAUCUUAAAAAGAUGAAGGAUCCAAAAGGUCUGGACUCAAUCGAAAACGAACUUUUCGGAGAUGCUGACUAGCCAAUACUUUCAGGAAAAAAUGCUCAAAUUCAUCACAAUUUUUAUUAAAUUAUCUUUCGAUAUGAUUUUUAAUGCAACAAUUUCGACGUCAAAACUAUAUUUGCUAAUUUCAUUCAUGUUCAUCAGCCAAGCUAAGUUUUUAAUUUUAAUUUCUGUCAUUUUCAGAAUCAAGUGUUUGUACUUUUGAA